GAUCUGCUGUGUAAGGGAAAAGGUAUGUUAGCAAGAAAGACGUGAGUAAUGUCAUUCAGGUUUGAGAAAUUCUUCGCCACAUUUGUACAAUCAGUCAUCAUGACCACAACUAUCUCCAUUAUGCAACAGAAAGCAGGAAAACUGUGAGAAGAAAACAGAAGUCGCUAGAGAGACUUACUGAUUCAUUGAUUCAUUUUAGGCUUUUGAUCUGGUAAUAUUAACUGGAGCAGCAGCAUUUAACCCGACAUGGUUAGACCCCAAAACUCCACCCUCCCACUUAACCCACUCUGUGCUGCUGCUGCGAGGACCGGUUUCAGCAUGACACUUCUGGGAAACAGACACAUCAGCUUGUAUAGUGCAGACACCCUGUGCAGUUUAUGGUUACGCUUGACGUAGUUACCCUUUUAGUUAGAGCUCUGAACGCUGCAAGGUGGGUUUGUCUUUGUCUCUGCAGGGGCCUGGAGAAACGAAACAAAACCUUUGUGACAGUGGACAGAGCUGAGACUUUGGGAACUCCCAUUGCAGUUACCAAAAUACAUGCAAAAACACCAAAUGAACUUUUACGCAAUAUACAAGACUGGCUUAGCUGAUCAAAUUAAGUCAUAAUGAAUUUUUUUUUCCAUCUCUGAGGUUGGAAAGAUACCCUUUAUCCUGAACCGCCAACACCCACCAAACAUUGCAAGUGACAUUAGUAAUUUUCUUGAUUAACCAACAGAUUGGAACUGAUGUCUUCUGGAAACUGUUGCAACCACAGUGAAGGUACAGCGCAAUUGCUGCGUGUCCUAGGAUAUGAACCCAAAUGUGGCAGAAAGACCACAAUGAUAUUAACUCGUCACUGAGUGGGGAGGAAAGCGGUGUGCUUGUUCAGCUUUCCUGUAAGCACAUCUCUGAGGUAUUGCUUGGGGUUAUUUCUCACCUCUGUAAAGUGGUGCUGUCUCGCUACAAGCUUUUCAUAAGCAGACAGCACGAAAGCCAAUGUAGCGACAUAUAUCCUUUUCAUGUACAUAUAACCUUUUCAUGUGGCAGCAACAUCUUCCCACCAAGAAUACGCUGUGUGCUACUGAAACUACUGCCUCACUGUUUACUAACACACUGUGCCCCAUGAAGACUGAUAGAAUAACACAUUUUAAUAAUAUUCCACUUUUGAACAGGUUAAACACUCAAGAUAAAUAUUCACACUCAGGAUAUGGCUGAAAAGAUGCAUCAGUGAUGCCCCUGGAAGAAAGAAAAAUCCCAAGCAAUGUUUUUUCCCCUCUUUUUUUCACUUAUUCCCAAGCAAUGUUAGAAAGUAUGUAAUCUGGGCCACCAGCUAGAUUGAAAAAAAAAAAAAAAAUUUCUGGCAGGUGAGCGUGUUAGUGGUUGCUCAAUCUUUCCUUUCGUGGAAUCAGAAAAAAUUGCUCUCUAUCUGACAAUUGCUCUGUGGUGGUAAGUGAGGUGGAGGUCAGCUGAAACCUCUUGCUUCCUUUCCCUUCAGACUGCAGGUGACAGUUUUCUAUAUGCACUCUGAAAAACCAAAGUUGGGCUGGUAAGCACAUAAAAGACCCAGAUCUUAAUGAAGUUAGUUAUAAGUAAAUACCGUGUAGCAAGUAGGCCUACUCAUAAAAAACUUGAUGUGAUGUGGAAGUUAAUGAAAACUAACAUGCACUUAGCAUAAGUCCAUGGUGUGUCUAUGUGUGGGAGGGGCUUGUGGGUGGUGAGUCUUGACAGCUGAAGCUUUUUUUUUUUAAGACAGAGGUUCUCAGACAAAAUUACACACCUCCUUUGUGCAGAGGCGAAAGCUGCACACACACAGUUUGUCUCUCGGCAGGACCUGCACCAUGAGCCAUGACCAGAACUACCCCUUCCCACAGGUGUUCCUUGUGGACAGUGGUGGAGGUCAGCAGCACUCUGCCCAGCCGCCGAGUCUUGUACCCUGCUGGUCCUUCCCGCCUGCCCAGGAGAGGGUGAGGGGCCGUGGGAAGAGCCGGGGCUGCAUGGGAGUCAGCCCCGGCGUGGCCCUGGUCGUGCUGAUGCUCUUCCUGCUUGUGUUCGCGGCCCUGGGCUUUGAAGCCUACCAGAUUCAGAACAUGCAGAAACAGCUGAGAGAGAUGAGAGAGGUAAACCCUGUGACUGAGUAUAACACAGCUCAGAAGCAAAUUGGUCUCUAUGAACCGGAGUUGAAGGAACAAGAAGUAGACAACAGACCCACAGCACACGUGAUGGGGCGGAUUGAAAAAACAGAAUUCCCUAAGACUUUGCGAUGGGAGCCUAAUGCAGGUCGGGCGUUCACAUCCGGAGGAGUGGCAUACCAGCCUAAAGAUGGUGCUCUGCAAGUCAACGAGACCGGACUCUACCACAUUUACUCACGAGUGGAGCUGAUCUUUAAGGACUGCUCUCCUACAUCCUCGUUCGUUCACACAGUGUUUGUGAGGAGAGCGGGACGCCCCUCACCGGUGACCCUGAUGGAGGCCCACAGAGCCGGUUUCUGCGCUCAGCAGCCGGGGCACGCCUGGACCACAGAGAGUUACCUCGGCUCCGCCCUGCAGCUGCAGAAACACGACAGAGUUUUUGUGAAUUUAUCGCACCCUGUUUAUCUGAGUCAUGCACAUUAUGCCAACUUCUUUGGUCUGUACAAGAUCUGAAGAGCUGGGAGUGAUGGCUUUGUGUUUUAGUGUCAUAAUUUUACUCCAAUGAAAGAAUGUAAACUGCUCAGAAUGUCUCAGGCAGGAGUGAAUCUUACUCAUCACUUUACCCAAAUGAUUGCAAUGUUGAAUGUGAUUCUUAUGACUAUAAAAUAAUGUCAUAACUGCACUGAAUAGCAUAACAUAAAAGGGUACAAAACUCAGAGACAAUAUUGCACAGUCUUUAUUGCCAGCUUUAAAAUUGGUGGUGAAAUAAAUUGAAGCAAUUUCCACACUUGUGCUUAAACAAAUAUUGUGCAUGCUGAGAGAAUCAGUUAACACUAAUGCGCUGGUUUAGUUGUAGCAUCUUAAAAUAUUUAUUUUAAUGUGGGUCUGACACUUAUGUUGUCUAAAUAUGUGCUUAUGAACAUGAAAAAGUGUUAUAUGAUGGUUGUUUGAAAGUAAAUAAAUUUAAGUUGUUUCUUUUAUUUGGUGAAUGAGGGAGAUGUUUUGUUAAUGUCAUCUGAGAGUGUUUAAUGUUUUAGUAGGUGUUCAUUACUAGGUAGACUAGUAAUCAACACCCACAUGUGUUUUGUUCAUGACCACUGGAAAAUAUUAGAAUAGUAAGACACCAACUCAGAUGUGGCUCUACUCCUGCUAAUGCACUUGAUUUCCAUAUAUUCCACUGAGGUACAGCAGAGGUCUAAAACAGAAGGAGACGCAGUUAAACUCUCCAAGGUAGCUAAAAUAAGGAGAUGAAAAGAAACUUUACCUCGUUAAUUGAAAGUUUAACAUUUCGCUUACAAACCACAGUGCAAUGCUCUGUUGCAGUUUGACACCCUCAUUGCACUGUUCUUUUUCAGUACACCACAGAUACAUAUGCUAGUCAAGUACAAGAAGAAGCGCAGGCUGGGCACAGCUGAGAGGACAGAACCGUGGUGGGUUUGACGUGUGUUUCCUUCCUGUGUGAAUAACUCAAGGGUCUCGCUUCUGUGCAGGCUGAUUUUUGUGAAAGAGUUUGUUUCCUUUUAUCCACGUGGUGAAUGUCUAAACUCAUUUAUGUUCAUUUUUGUCUGAAGACAGGGCGCGCCUCACUCAAUAAACAUGAACAGAU